GAUGCAAAACUUGUAUUUUAAUCUAGUAGAGGAUGACGACGGUAGUCAAAAUUUAAUUACUGCCAAAUGUUUGAGAAUUAAUAUUGAAAAUUUUGAAGCUGACAAGUUUAAAAUUGGAUCUGAACAUAAAUUUCGUAUUAUUGGAUAUUCUCCAAUGGAACGACUUUUGAAUGUUUCAAUGAAAAAGUCAGAUAUGAAGCAAACUGUGUUUUCUAUAGAAAAUGUGGUUCCUUGUGCCGUUCUUAACGGAACUAUAAAAUCUAUUAGAGAUACUGGAAUUAUUAUCGAAUUUGGAGAUGGAUUUACUGGAUUUGUAUGUGCAAUGCACAUUCUUGACAAGCCUGUGGAUAAAUGGCAAAGCAGAUUUAAAAAAGGCCAAAAGUUGCGUUGUCGUGUUUUAUUUAUUGAUUCAGCCUCUAACAGAAUUAUGCUUACCUCAAAGCCAUCAUUGGUAAAAAAGCCUGGAAAUGAAAAGUUUAUUACAACUUUUGACAAGAAUUUGGAAGGGGCAGUUUCAACAGGAGUUAUUAUUAAGCAUCUGGAAGGCGGUUCAUUAUUAAUUGCUUUUUUCAACAGAAUAACUGGAAUAAUGCGCCCAAAUGAAUUGAUAGGGCUUCCUGAGGCUGCGACUAAGAUUGGUUGUUGCAUCAAAGUUCGUGUACAAAGUGUAGAUCCAAAACGUUCACAAAUGAUUCUCGAACAACCUAUUCAUGCAAUUGGAAUUGGAGUAAACAAGCAAAAGAAGACAUUAACUACAAACUCUCAAAAGAUUACAACGAACACUAAACUUGCAAAACCAUUUAGAAUAUAUAAUGCUGAAGUGAUUGGGCCGUGGCCAUAUGGAGGUACAUCUUCUGCUACAACGGCUGAAUUACUUAUUCCUGGUGGAAGUGUUGGUCGACUCCAUGUAAGCGAAUUAAACAAUUUAGAUGAAUGUGGAGAGGGUUCAUGUCCUAUGCAACAAUUUUUGGAACGAAACACUGGAAAGAUGAUAAAUAUUAAGGUUCUCUCUGUUAGCAAAAGAAAAGCGUUUCCUGUUAAAGGAAAAAGAUUACUUGAGGAACGGAGAAAGUCAGAUAGAAUUGUUGAAUGCACAGCAAGAUGUGAUAAGUUGCAAGAGUCACGAAGAAAACUUUCAAUUUUGAAUUAUCGUAGCGUGUUCAAACCUGGAAAUGUGGUUGCAGUUUUUAUUGUUUCAAAAUCUUCAAAUACUACAAAUAAUGUUUUUGCUGAGAUAAAUCCUGAUUUUUCUGCUAUUAUUUCAAGAGAGAAUAUUAAAAUCAAUUCAAAACUGGAUCAUCAAAAUUCUGCAAUUAAUGUCGAUGAUUUGUUCGACAGUGGAGAACUUCGUUUUGGCAAAGUGAUUGGUGUCAACAAAACAAACAGGGGUAGGAUUGUGUUAUUGGAGUUGGUUGAUGCAUCUAAUUGUGAUCUUCAUGAAGAAUCGACUAAAAAUCUAUCGAAUGAUGUGAUUAUGUCUGAAUAUGAUAAUAAUUCAACUGAUGAAAGUGAUGAUAAUACUAUCAACGAGGAAUGUGAUGAUGAUGAUGACGAACCUGAGGAAGAAGAGGAAAACGAGAUUGGUGAAGAAUCUGGAUCAGCACAAGAGUUUGAACAAAUUCUUCUUACAAAUCCUAAUUCAAUUUCACAUUGGAUUAGCUACAUUCAGUUUAUGGCACGCAAAAGUACUUCAAAGAAGAAUUAUAUUUUGGGAAAGGAAGUUGUUGAGCGCGCUUUACAAACGAUCGCAUUCGAGAGUGAUAACGAUUUGAGUAAAAUUUGGCGUUCAUAUCUUUAUUUGGAAGUGCUUUUAGGCAAUGAAGAGUCAUUGAAAGAAUGCUUUAAACGUGCUUGCGCAGCAACUGAACCAUUAAAGACACAUAAAUACUUGAUUGAUCUUCUGAAGAAACAGCCAAAUGCAGAGGGUCGUGAAAUGGAGAUUCGUGGCUACUUUGAAUCUUUUAUUAAAAAGAGUAAUGAAAUAGAACCUUGGUUUGCUUUUGCCAAACAUUUGUUGCAGCAAAAUGAUUCAAAUCAAAUUCUUCAACUACUUAGAAGAGCAAUUCAGUGUACAGGAAAACGAAAACAUCUACAAUUGAUCAAAGGAUUUGCUCGAUUAGAGGCUCAACAUGGAGAUGUGGAAAGAUCAAAAACAAUGCAGGAAUUGAUAAAGAAUUAUAAAGAAGUCGGAAAGCAGAUAGACAUUCAAUCCUUGGAAAGGGCACUUGGUGUGAGGAUAGAGCAAAAUUAG